AUGUCAAGGAAACUAGAUGAUGCAUUGUGGGCUUACAGAAUAGCAUUCAAAACACCUAUCGGAAUGUCACCGUAUAGGUUGGUGUAUGAAAAAGCCUAUCAUCUGCCGGUGGAGUUGGAGCAUAAGGCCUAUUGGGCAAUGAAGACCCUGAACAUGGAUUUAGCAGCCGCAGGAGAGAAGAGACUGUUACAAUUAGAUGAGCUGGAAGAAUUCAAAAACGAAGCGUAUGAGAAUAGAAAGAUAUACAAGGAAAGGACAAAGAAAUGGCAUGAUAGAAAUCUGAUUAGGAAAGAAUUUCAACCCGGGCAGCAGGUCUUACUCUUUAACUCAAGGUUAAAACUGUUUCCUGGCAAAUUGAAGUCAAGAUGGUUGGGACCUUUUAAGGUGGUCAAGGUAUUCCCAUAUGGAGCGAUGGAACUGAAAGGCGAGAGUCCAGAAACCUUUAAAGUUAAUGGACAGUGGUUAAAGCUCUACUUGGGAGGUCAAAUUGACCAAGCUAAGUCCGCCAUUAUACAGGCGCCUCUUUGA